CUGGAAAGGUCGUCGGACUCGGAGGUGACGGUGCGGGUCAGCUCGGACCGCGCCGCCGGCACCUACAAAUGUGAGGUCUCCGGAGAGGGCCCCGAGUUCUGGACCAGCUUCGCCGAACGCAACGUCUCCGUAGUCACGCUGCCAGACCGACAGCCGGAGAUCUGGGGCCACCAGCACGUGUAUCGCCCCGGCGAUAAUAUCUCCGUCAACUGUACGUCACCCAAUGCCCGGCCGGCCGUACACAUCAACUGGUUCGUCAACGGCGAACAGGUAUCUCGAGACAAUAUCCACCACUGGCGGACACCGAGCUCCGACCGGCUGGUCACAUCCACCGGAAAUCUGCGCAUGACCGUACGUCAGCAUCAUUUCAAGGCGGGCAUCAUGCAGCUGAUGUGUGUGGCCUCACUGGACGAUGUCUACUGGAAGAGUGUGCACGUGGACCUGCCGCAGUGGGGAGAGCAGGCCCGCGGCGCGCGCAGCAACGGCCUCUUUGCUAACGGAGGAAGUCAGCCCUUAUGUUUCUUGCCGUCCGUCUCGGCGCUGCUAGCAGUGUGCGCUGUAUUUGUGCUCCGUUAAUCGGACAGUUCCGUGCGGCACAUGUCCUCGUUAAUGUGGCAGUCCGCCGAGGUCAAAGUCGCGGGCUGCAGAUCCUGAAUGGAGCUCAAUGCUUGAUAUUCUGGUCGUUUCUUGUGAUAAGCCGAAGAGAAAAGAGUGUAACGCAUGCGCUCAGUGUUCCAAGAUGUGCAAAUAUACGUGUUUCUUAU